AUGUCCUCCUCUGCAUUGCUUACGGCGCAAGCGGUGGCGCUGCUGCUGCAGACACCACCGGGACAGACGUCCAAGGUGUACCACGACCUACGAGUGCUCCUCGAGUCGAGCGGGCAGAGCCACGUCUCGGACCAGCUCAAGCAGCAAGCUCAGCCUGUCCUGGAACAGUACAAUACCGAUCAGCUUAUCACUGUCAAGCCUCCGGCGUCAGCAGACGGUAAAGUAGACGAGAAACCGCUCAUCAUCGCGAGAGCGGCAUCGGUAGCAGGACAGAACGCUCGCUAUGCGGAUCCGAAGGCUGGCUUGAGCUAUGCAUUUGAUCAUCUGAGGCUCGCCCUGAGCGACCCGCGACCGCUUCGUGUCAACAAAUCAUUCGAAAAGGUGCGCGCGGCCAUCGAUACCAAAGUAGCCAAAUACGUGCUUGACCACUAUCAAGACGGUGUCAUCUCCACAUUCACCGAUCCUACGGUGCCCACAGCCGCUGUGGCUGACGUGAAUGAGGAGGCAGCGAAAAAUGCGGACGAGGAGGGAAAAGCGGGAGAGCCAGAAGAUAAUCAGGAUGCGACCGAUGAUGCUAAUGUAGCUGAAGGCAAGGCUGAGCCGGCGAAUGACGACGCGGACCCCAAAGACGAUGCGGUCGAAACAGCGAAGGCUCUGGAAGAAGUUGAGGUGACGGAGACCCCGGGGCCUGCGAUGGAGAGGGAGAAGGAGGAGCCAGAACCGCAAGGUGCACCGACGUAUGUGACACACAUCGUGGGAAACAGAUACAACCUCUCCAACUUUUGGGCUGGCCGAUGGCGCUCCUCCUACACAUACACGCCAUCUUCGUCUGGACCAUCGAUGCUGCAAUCUAGCAUUCAAGUACAAGUCCACUACUUCGAAGAUGGAAACGUGCAGCUGGCAACGUCAAAGCCUGCAGAGCUCGAGCUCGAUCUGCCUGCCGGGGCGGGAGCGACAGAGACCAAGGCUGGCGCGAUCGAUGAUGCUAUGGCCGAAGCAGUUGGCAAAGCGAUCGCGCAGGCUAUCAAGGGGCACGAGCAGGAAUACCACCAGACGCUGAACGAGGCAUACGCCGAGUUGAGCGAGAAGACGUUCAAGGCGAUACGCAGACAGUUGCCCGUCACCAAGCAGAAGUUGGAUUGGGACAGGGUGAGUCGGUUGCUACCUUGCGGGUCAUCACUCGUGAUCAAUGGCGUAGAAACCCAGCUGACAAGGACGAUUCUUGCAUUUCCCAUAACAGGCCUUGAGCUAUAA